UAAAAUGGCGGACGAAGGUGUUUUGAUUGAUCAUUUUGUAAGAAAGAAAUUAUUGGGCGGCUCCAAAUUAGAAGAUGCCUCAGAUAUAUAUCUGUAUGGUGAUGUUAAAGAUGCUACAUAUCGUGUCAUAAGCUGUGUGGCCUGUACAUCAACUGAUAAAUGCGAAAAAGAGGCUGAUUACCUACCUGAAGGACUCAAAAUAUGUGGACUUUUUAACUUAACUUUAAAAUUUGAAGAACUAAGUGUAUCAAAAGCCAAAGAGAUAGCCAGAGAUCUCUUGGAUAAGAAAGCAAGCAAUAAUAUUAGUGAAUCAAUAGUGAUCUGGCAACAUUGUCAGUCCAGUAAAGAUGAUCAUGGAUGGCUCUACAACAUUAACACAAAUUGCCUCAUAAAAUGCAGCCUGUCCUUCAGUGACAUAUCAGCUUCAUUUAUAGAAGAUAGAAUAACUUUCAGGAUUCAGACUUCAUUUGAUAUACAAGUGGAAUAUAAUUUGAGAGCAUUGAGGGAUAGGCUACAAAUCCUUAGCAAAGAAUUAAAAUCAAAUUCCACUACAUUUCUUAUAAAAGACUGCAACUGCCUUUUGCAUUGUUUUGAAAGCAUGUCUAAACCAAGUCAUACAGAAAAGACAUGUCAGGAUUUGCUGGAUGCAAUGAUAGUUUACCUGGAAGAUGACACUGAGUCUCAAGCAAACAGGAAAUCUAAGUCAAAGAGAGGAACUUCAAAGACCAGUGAGAAAACAGUCAUUUCACUUAAGGAUGCAAUAGAUGUGAAGGYAUUAACAAACAUAACAUCAUCAGAAAGCAAUGGAUUUGUCCCAGUGAUUUACAUGCACAAUGAAAAAGGGUAUAUUAGAAAUGUGACAGUCUCUUUCCCUGUGGAUGUGGUUGUCAUGGCACUUAAAGAAACUCCAGUAGUUGAACUUACUAAAAUGUUUGUCUCUGCUAUCGUUAAGCAAUUAAACCAAAUUGUAAAUACAGUACAGAAGUUUUCAAAGGAAACUAGUUGGUGCAUACCUAGGCCAUAUCAUUUCAAACCUCCAGGGUAUUGUCAUGUAAUGACAUUAGUUUAUCCUGAAAUAACCAGUGAAGGGACAGUAGCAGAUGAUAAUUAUUUAGAGUCCUACAGAAUUGAUCUUCAUAAGAGGUUUUUACUUCCAUUAAACAGACCUUUACUCAGAGUUUGUAAUGCUUACAUCUUUGACAAAGAUAAAAAGCCAGAGCCAUAUCUCGUCAAUCCACACACUGAAAUAUCUUCUUCUGGGGAUGGUGCAAUAGGUCUGGUGGAUGGUAACUACUCUUAUCAUCAUUACAUGCAAGAUAACUUUAACGAUGAUAAAUGGGGAUGUGCCUACCGUUCUUUACAAACUAUUUGUUCAUGGUUCAGACAUCAAGGCUACACAAGUAAACCAGCUCCAAGCCAUAGAGAAAUCCAACAAGCACUCGUUGAUAUUGGUGAUAAACAGUCAAACUUUGUUGGUUCAAAGCAAUGGAUUGGUUCUUUUGAGGUCAGCAUGUGUCUGGAACAUCUGUUGGGUGUUACAUCUAAGAUCAUGUUUGUUACCUCUGGUGCAGAAAUGUCUAGCAAGGGCAGGGAACUGUUGCACCAUUUUGAAACCCAAGGAACUCCCAUAAUGAUUGGUGGUGGUGUUCUUGCACACACAAUAAUUGGAGUCCACUUUGAUCAAGAAUCAGGAGAUAUCAAGUUUCUGAUUCUUGAUCCUCACUAUACUGGUAGUGAAGACCUCAAGACCAUUCUUGAUAAGGGCUGGUGUGGCUGGAAGGGGCCGAACUUCUGGAAUCAGCAAGCACAUUAUAAUAUGUGUAUGCCACAAAGACCAGACAUUAUUUAACGGCUCUGUUAGAUGAUCUUGACCUAACCCGCCACCAUUUCAGUAAGAGUUGACUGAGUCGUGUAGGAAAUAAUGAUUCUCUACUUUCCAACACCCAUAACACUUUGCGGCUCUGGGGGGUAACCAAAAAAAAAAGCACUUAUAGGUUGCUAUCAAUAAACGACACUUCCGGUAAUAGCUGCAAUUUUUUAAGGCUUGUAGAAUCUUGGAGGUUGUUUUGAUCUCUUGUUUUCUGGUUUCAGCUGCUUGUUUGCUCCCCAGUCAAGUCCAAAUAAGUCACGUGAUUGAUAGUAAGCAUUGUUGAAAAUACCUUGUUGGAUACCCAAAUAAUAAAUAAAACAAUAAGAUGCAGGGAUGGAACCUUGAGGAGCUUAAAUUAAAAUUUAAACAUUUCUUCGCAGAGCCAAUGCAUUUUCUGUAACACCAAAAGCUUUUACUCAAAAUUCACUUAGAACGGAUAACUGAUAAUCAGUAUUUCAGUGACAAAAACAGGAAUGCUAUUUAUUCAGUUGAAGAACGUUUCAUUUUGGGACAGUUUUUUUUGUUUUUUGUUUGUUUUUUUGUUUUUGUUUUUGUUUUUGUUUAGUUACCCCCCUGAAAGCAAAGCAUUAUGGGCAAUGGGAAAGUGGAGAAUUGGCUAAUAACAAAAUCAAUAAUGAUUAGCUAGAGAUAAAGACCUUAAGAGCAGACAACAAAUAUCCCUACCAGUCUUAUAACAUUAAUGUAACAUAUAUGGGGUGACACAUAGUCUAUUACAACAGUCUGGUACACCUGUCAUAAGAAGAUACUUAUACCGCUUUAACAUUGACAAACAAUYCUCACGCCUUCUGGGAUUUUUUGCUUCCGUCAAUCGAAAUACAUGUAUCCUCAAAAUAGUGGUCCUAAUCCUUGGUGGAGGUGAAGUGGUGAAUAUAAGAAUGGGUUCAUGGUAGAAAACCAUAUUUGAAAUUGAAUCACCAAUAUGAUUAUAGAAACAAAUUCAUACGAAUUUUUGUGUCUACUGCUUCUACAAGAAGAUGUAGACACUAUGCUGUCGAGUUUAUAGGGUACUUCAUGUUCCGCGUAUUUUUAUCGUGUACUAAUGAAAGCCCGGGUAAGACAACGAAGAGAUAUCAAUUUAGAAGUAAUAUGACUUAUGUAAACUAUUUAUUGAAUCAUAAUGAAUACAAAUCUUUAGAAAUUUUAACUGUAAGCUAGCCUAAUAAGUUAAAGAAGUAAAGCUAAAAGCAAAAGAGCCUACUUA